GAGAACUGUAACUUCUAUCAGUUGAUCGUGUCAGCGUGUUCUAUUCUACCUCAUCUCCCUCGCCUAAUUAUGUCAGACUACAAUGGCGAGAACCGGGACGAUUGGGACUAUGGCGUAAAGCGUGGCCGCCACUUCCCUGGCAACAGCUACGUUGAUGACCCCUAUAUGGGCCACUGGGGUAGCAACAGCCACAGAAGAGAUAUCAUCCGUCGCGGUAGCAGUGAUGAUUCUGUUAUCGAGGAGGUGAUGAGGGAACCGGGUGACUAUAACCGUUACGAUGACAACUACCAUCGUAGCGAUAGUAGUCGGCCUCAUAGACCCAGACGCCACGACGGUAAAGUUCUCUGGCGGCCUUCAUCGAAGACGCUCGUCUUACUCGUCUUCUUCUACUCCAUCGCCCCGUCCUCACAGACGCAGAUCUCUUGACGAGCAGACAAAGAGUGCUACCAGGGGAGCUCUUCGAGCUGCAUCUGCUCAUGACCGAUACGAAGAUCGUAACCACGCUCGCCGACAUCGUUCUUAUUCCGACACCCGCUCGUGGGAACGAGGUCGUCAUUCCCUUAGCGAGUCCCGCAUAUCUCAAGUCAUCAAGGCUGCCUUCACGGCUGGUGCCGCAGAAGCAUUCUGUGAUCGGAAUGACCCUGGAUCAUGGUCGGGUGAAAAGGGAAAGCGAGCUUUAACCGCUGCAAUCUCAGCCGGCGCUGUGGAUGCCCUUAUUGAUCAUGCUCCCAGCAAACACAGUGAUCGCCAUGUCAUCGAGUCAGCGCUCGUCGGCAUGGAAACCAGUCGCCUUCUGAAUCCCGAGCACUCUAGAUCCAGAUCGAGAGACAGUCAUCGAAGCCGCUCGGAUUCUCGUGAUGGCUAUGAUAAUCUGCAUCGCCGUGGCGGCAAGCACGGGAAUGAUUAUCGGCAGCAUCCGCUUUCGUCCUGUCCUGACUCCUCCAAUUCCGAUUACGACAGACCAUACCGGUCAUCCCGCCACCAAGGAAGGUCUUCCCAUGACAUUGAGGGUUAUUAUGAUAGUGACACUGAUCCCGACCUCGGGUCUAGUGACGACGAACACCACGCGAUGAAGAAAAUGUAUCGCAAGGAGCUGAUCACUUCCGGCCUAGCCGCAGUAGCGACAAUCCAUGCAGCACACAGCGUGAUAAAGGGACUGGAGGCAAGAAAACAGCGUAAGCAAGCCGCAGAGGCCGGGGUCAUUAGCAGAAGAGAGGAAUCCAAGCUGCGGUUGAAGUCGGAUCUAAAAGACGCGGCUUCUAUCGGCUUGGCUGCGCUUGGUAUCAAGGGGGCCAUUUCUGAAUGGAAGGAAGUGGACGAGCAGAGAGAGAGGGACAAAGAAUUCGCCAGGGAAUGCGAAGAACGACAUGAGAAACGAAUGAUGAGACGACACCGGAGUCCUAAUCAUCACUCUUCGUGGCAGGCUAAAUCAGCCAGUGCCAGCAGAUAUGACCACCACGAUGAGGAUGUAUAUCCAGGAUCUGACUUUGAAUAUAUAUAA